GGAUAUUUAAACUGUUUGUAUUGACAAAAGAGAAGUUAGUCCGACAGAGUGACGAUGGCUGAAUGGGGCAUUUAUUUUCUUCAGUUUUACAUCUUUUUGAUGAUUUGUAGUCAUGUAAAUGGACAGCUAUGUGACACAAACGAUAGGGACGGUGAGGGAAACCCGGACAGCAAAGACAACGAUGUUGACAGCACACCUGAUCUUGCCCUUUUGCUGGAUGCCACGGAUAAUGAGUACAAGAUUAAGUGCUGUGGAUUUGUGGACGCAUGGGAAUUCUAUGCCAAGUCAAACACUGGCACGCUGGCUCUGCAGGUCUGGAGGCCCUUGGGUGGUGGAACUUAUGAACUUGUUGGCCAAAACACUUACUCAGUCACAAACACUGACCGGGAAAUUAGGUAUUCGGUACCCGUGUCAGAGCGAAUUCCUGUCAAGAAUGGCGACUUUAUAGGAUUUUACACCUCGGGAAAUCCUAUCGUUUCCUACAAACGGGAAGGCGAUUCCACGGACGGCUGGACUUCCUCCACCUCGCUGGGUUCCUCCACGGCAGGGGAUACCUUCGACUGGGGGUCCGCCACUGCCUUCACUGAGUCCCGGGAAUACGCCAUCAACGUCCAGCUCGACCCAGGUAACAGUCCGUCAUUUACUAAUCUUGGUACUUCGGUGACCUUUCUGGAUGAUACGGCUCCGAACUCCCUCCUCUAUACAGUGACCUCCACUGACCUCGAUUCCUCGGAUAUCCUCACCAUGACAAUGACGACGUCAACGACGUCUUUCACGUUUGACACAACCACAGGCGAGGUGAGAAAUUCCGGCCUCCUCCCCAGUGGAUCCACCACUCUGUCUUUCCGGGUGACCGAUACCUGUGGUCGUCAAUCCACGGGCUCCUUAACCAUUGUGGUUCAAAACAUAGCCCCCGUGAUUCACAACCUCCCCGCCACUUACGACCUGUCGGAGGAUCACACGACUGAACAGCUCCUGUACACCAUUAACGCCACCGACUCCUCGUCCUACGACACGGUCACGUGCAGCGUCAGCUCCGUGUCUCCCGCCACUGACAACUUCUUCGCCAGACUGAAUUCCGGCUCCACAACGGACUACGGCGUUUACGUGAAAGCACUACCAACGCUAGACUACGACACAACACGUCAAUAUGACGUCACAGUGAGGUGUACAGACAGCAAGGAUCCAGUAACAGGCACGUUCACUGUGUACAUCUCUAGAAACAACCCACCUGUCUUUGUCAACUUACAGGCCACGACUAGGAUCCCGUCCGUUUCCUCCACCACCGGAAAUAUCAUCUACACCGUCACCUCCACCGACUCCGACUCCAGUCAGCUCUACUACAACAUGACCUGCGUCCCACCAGGAUGUCCAUUUACUAUUCAUAACUCCGGAGAAGUUCUGGUCACUUCCGAUCUCUCCUCCCACACUAUCCCGGGAUAUGACCUCUACAUCUAUGUCUCUGAUGGAAACACGCUAGUGGGACCGAGAACUCUCACAGUCAUCAUCGAAGGGAUAAACUCGGCGCCGGUGAUUUCCAAUCUGCCCCUGUCUACCCCAGUCACAGUACAGGAAAACUCGCCCCUGUCCAGCUCCGUGUACCAGGUCCUGAUCACCGACGUGGACGUUGGACAGAACCACACCUUUCAGGUGUACAGCACCCCCAGCAUAGGAUCAACGCUCUUCUCUAUAGACUCUACUACUGGACUUAUUUCAACAUCGUCCACCCAGAAUAUAAACUACGAGACGGUAUCCGCCACCUCCACCAGCUACCAGCUGACCGUCACGGUGUCUGACGGGUACGAUACCUCAACCUCCACCCUGACAGUGUCGAUCGCCGACAAGAACGAGGCUCCAGUGUUUGGGAAAGAAACUUACGCCAUAUCUGGAACUGAGGGAGCGGCGGGAACUACAAUCGGGAACCCAUCGUUUGACGUCACUGAUCCGGAUGUCGGUGCCACGAAGACAUAUUCCAUAGAUUGCUCCUCGUUCAACAUUAAUCCGACAACUGGAGUCGUCACAUUCAGUCAUGACUACGACCUAGAUGUCGCGGGCACCGCCACUUCAGUCACGUGCGUUGUGACGGUAUCUGAUGGUGACCUCACAGACAACGCCACAUUGAUCAUCACUAUCAAUGACGUCAAUGACCACACCCCUAUCAUGGGAAGCUCCUCCUACACAUUCUAUGCAUCACCUGGCACAGGUGUGGGCACUGUGAUUGGUCAGAUAUCGGCCACUGAUGGCGACCUGGGCUCAUUCGGAACUUUAUCAUACACCUUGGAUCAAAUCUCCCUGGGAAACGAGUACUUUGGCGUUACGACCAGCGGCGACGUCUACGUAAAGUCUAGCUUACUCGAGUUCUCCUCUGGCAUAACACUGAGUCUGACCGCUACAGCGCGAGACUUGGGUGGAUUACAAGACACCGCCGCUGUGUCAGUGGUUAUACCACAGUCUACCACUGCAGCCCCCACCUCCACCACAGAUCGCCACGUGACUUUCUGGGAAGACCCAAGAAACAUAGCGUGGGUGACUGUGGCCUCGGUACUCCUCUGUGGUUUAGUCCUCUAUUCCUCUUACCUUAUUGUCAGAUACGGAAACUUUCCUUGCGUCAAAACAUCCUAUAAACUCAACGCUAGCAAAGUGAACACCACACGGCUACCACACCAUGGCCACCCAACGAGGACCCAAAUUGGACGGAAAAAGAGAGUAUCCGAAUCUAGAUUUGAUUGGAGGCCGUGGGAAUGGUCCCUUCCGAAAUACAGUGAAAGAGUGUAGUGCCCAUAUUGUGCACAUAUGGCAAUUCUAUGUUGCCGAUCCAUACGAUUGGAAGAGACCACUGGUCCAAUCAUUCAAUGGAAAGGAUUUACGGACUUAUUUUGAAAACUGUAUUUUGAGUGGAUGUAUUUUGUGCCUUUUUUUAUGAUUCAAUGCGACGACAAAAGAAUAUCCAUUGUGAAAUUCUGCAGAGAAAUUAUAAUGUACCUGUUUUAGAGUUAUUAUUUCUUUUCAUAAUGGUUUUUAAAAUCAGAUUCAUACAAGGAAAACUGAAAAUUGUGCCUUUAUAACAACAACAUUUUAUAUUGAAAUUUUAGAAUAAGUAAUGAUUAUCCUAAAAAACCAAUCAAAAGGUAGAGCUUGUAAGAGACAGUUUCAGUAUGUGUUAUUUAAAAUGAAACGAAGCCCCCUUUCUUGAUGGAGCAACAAAAUAUGAACAAAUCACCUCGGAGUCCAUCAAAAUUUCGUAACGUCAAGGACUUUUACCAUUUUAUGCAUCAACUCUAUCAUACACUGAAAAUAAAUACAUGAAGAUAAUGAUGAUCAUUAACAUGAACGACCUUUACAAAAUACAAUUUAAGUGUAAAAAAAAAUUGUACAUGAGAAAGUACAGUACAAAAUCAGACACGUAGCAUCGUUUAUGAAAGUA